UGCAAGAUAAUUUACCAAAAACUUCAACCAUUUUGAUGAAGCACGUGGAACGAAUAAAUUUGGGUAGUUUUUGUUUGAGGUAUGAUAGAUAAUGCUUUUUGCAAAUAAUUUGUCUAAUUUUGUUGAGGUGGAAUGAGUUUAUUCGUUGCUUAGUGACACUGUGGGAUACAAACAAAACAUCAAACUAACAUGAUUGAAUUUUUUGUAUUGUGAACGCAUUUUACUUGCAAGUUUGAUCAAUAAUUUGCAUAGAGGCUUACACUGCAUGCAAAACAUUGAGCUACCCAUCCAAAAAUACGAAUAUCUAGAUCACACUGCAGAUGUUCAAUUACAUUCUUGGGGAGAUAGUCUUAAGGAAGCAUUUGAACAAUGUGGCAUUUCAAUGUUUGGAUACAUGACUGAGUUGGAAACUGUGGAAAUAAAACAAAGAGUAGAGAUAAAAGCCACAGGGCAUGAUUUAGAAAGUUUACUGUAUGGAUUUCUUGAUGAGUUAUUGUACUUAUUUAGUUGUGAACCUAAUUUAAUUUGUUCUAAGUUAGAGAUAACACAAUUCAUUACAGAAGGUGAAGACUUUUCAAUUACUUGUUUGUGUUAUGGGGAAGAAUUCCACCUUGGAAAGCAUCCCCAAGGCACUGAGGUGAAAGCAAUCACUUAUUCUGCAAUGGAAAUUGUGAAUGAUAUUGAACAUCAGGAUUAUGAAAUAUUUGUCAUUAUUGAUAUAUGAAAAAAGAAUAAGAAUAAAUGUUUAUUUAGGCA